GGCGGCAGUGGCGGCGGCGAAGGAUGCAUUCGGCGGGCUUGGGAGCGGCGGGGACUCCCCGUCAGCCCUCGAAACGGAGGGUCCCUGUGUCCCAGCCAGGCAUGGCUGACCCCCACCAGCUAUUUGAUGACACGAGCUCAGCCCAGAGCCGGGGCUAUGGGGCCCAGCGGACACCCAGCGGCCUGGGCUACCCUGCAGCCCCCACCUCGCCCCCGGCGGCCUUCCUGACUGACCCCAUGUCCAACAUGGCCAUGGCCUAUGGGAGCAGCCUGGCUGCACAGGGCAAGGAGCUGGUAGAUAAGAACAUCGACCGCUUCAUCCCUGUCACCAAGCUCAAGUACUACUUCGCGGUGGACACCAUGUAUGUGGGCAGGAAGCUGGGCCUGCUCUUCUUCCCCUACCUGCACCAGGACUGGGAGGUACAGUACCAGCAGGACACGCCAGUGGCCCCCCGCUUUGACGUCAAUGCGCCUGACCUCUACAUUCCAGCUAUGGCCUUCAUCACCUACAUCUUGGUGGCUGGCCUUGCACUGGGGACCCAGGAUAGGUUCUCCCCUGACCUCUUGGGACUGCAGGCGAGCUCAGCAUUGGCCUGGCUGACCCUGGAGGUGCUGGCCAUCCUGCUCAGCCUCUACCUGGUCACGGUCAACACCGACCUCACCACUAUCGACCUGGUGGCCUUCUUGGGCUAUAAGUAUGUGGGGAUGAUUGGCGGGGUGCUCAUGGGCCUCCUCUUUGGAAAGAUCGGCUACUACCUGGUGCUGGGCUGGUGCUGCGUGUCCAUCUUUGUGUUCAUGGUGAGCUGGGGCUUGGGGAAGAUGGGGCUGAGGCCUGGCGCAGCCCCCGCCGGGCGGGGGCAGCCCUUUGCCUUCCCUUCGGUGUCCUGGAACUGGAACUGCUGCUGCUGGAGGAUGACGAGCCGCAGCCGCUAUGCCAGUGCAGGAGUGACUGAGGCAGCGCCUCGCCCAGCCCCCUGCCCACCCAGUUGGAAGCGUGAGGCUCAGCAGGACCCUGGGGUCAAAGGCAACCCAUACCACCCACCCCAGCUGGGCACCCACUUGUGA